AUUAAUAAUAUUCUAUAUAAUAUUUUGAAUAUCUAUACAACUAUAUACCUCAAUAACAUCCUAAUUUUCUUAAAUAAUAAAGCGGACUACGAGCGAUACAUCAGUAAUAUUCUUAAACGCCUAACCAAAACUAACCUACAAAUAAAUACCGAUAAGUACGAGUUUUAUACUAAGAAGAUAAAGUACUUGGGAUUCAUUAUUAUAUUAGGAGGAAUUAAAAUGGACCUAGAAAAGAUUUAA